UUCGCACUCAGAGUGACAAAAGCCAUGAUUCCCGCUUCCCGAGAGAGCUAGAGCUCGAGUGGCAUAAAUGUGAAUAUCUAUCUCCCACGCUCGCUCACUGAAACCCUAACCCUAGCUCCAUAGCUCCCGCGCGCUUUCUCCUUUUUUUUUUUCUGCGAAUCAGACCUUGCUUUUGAUGGCUUCGAGAUGGAGUGCUCAUUGCCCGCGUUGAUACUUUGCUUUGAUUCACCGCGUUGUUCUAAAGUUGGAGUCUUUAGAAAGGCGUAACUGUUGAUGUUGCUUAAAUCGCAACCAAGGUGCUGAGAAUGAAGAUGAUAAAUGCUACUUGGGUGUUAUUUGCACUUCUGCCGCUUUUGGCGUUUGGACAAGGAGAUGUCUAUCUUGCCACUGUUGAAGGAGAGCCUGUGGUUAGCUACUCUGGUGGUAUUGAGGGUUUUUCUGCCACUGCUGUUGAUCCAGCAGAAGAGUUUGAUAUUACCAGUGAGUCAAUUACUUCAUAUUCCCUUCACCUAGAGAAACAACAUGAUGCACUACUGGACUCACUUUUUGAAGUUGGGACCUACAAGAAGUUGUAUAGUUAUCGCCAUCUUAUUAAUGGGUUUGCCAUCCAUAUGUCUGAGGAACAGGCUGAGACCCUUGCCAGAGCUCCUGGGGUCAAAUUUGUGGAGAAAGACAUGAAAGUCAGGAAAUUGACUACUCAUACUCCUCAAUUCUUAGGGCUACCAACAGGAGUUUGGCCAACAGGAGGUGGCUUUGACAGGGCAGGGGAAGACAUUGUAAUUGGAUUCAUUGACUCAGGAAUUCAUCCAAAGCAUCCUAGCUUUGCUACAUACAAUACCGAACCAUAUGGACCUCUUCCUCGUUUCAGGGGGAAGUGUGAAAUUGAUGUCGAUACUAAGAAGGAUUUUUGCAAUGGGAAGAUAAUUGGGGCCCAACAUUUUGCAAAGGCUGCAAUUGCUGCAGGAGCAUUUAAUCCAGGUGCUGAUUUUGCAUCUCCAGUGGAUGGUGAUGGACAUGGAACACAUACUGCUGCCAUUGCUGCUGGAAACAAUGGAAUCCCUGUGAGAAUGCAUGGGCAUGAAUUUGGCAAAGCAAGUGGUAUGGCUCCACGUGCAAGGAUUGCUGUGUAUAAGGUUCUCUAUAGACUUUUUGGAGGAUAUGUCUCAGAUGUGGUGGCUGCCAUCGAACAGGCUGUUCGAGAUGGAGUUGACAUUCUUAACCUUUCAGUGGGGCCUAAUAGUCCACCCACUAAUACCAGAACGACAUUUUUGAACCCCUUUGAUGCUGCUCUGCUUUCGGCUGUCAAAGCUGGAGUGUUUGUUGCCCAGGCAGCUGGAAAUGGAGGUCCAUUUCCUAAAACCUUGGUGUCUUUCAGUCCCUGGAUUGCAUCUGUAGCUGCUGCAGUUGAUGACCGUAGAUACAGAAACCACAUCACUUUAGGAAACGGGAAAAUGCUUACUGGACUUGGACUAUCACCUGCAACUCGUGGGAACAUGUCGUUUAACUUGAUUGCUGCGAAUGAUGCAUUGGUAGACCUGUCUGUGAUGAAGUACAGCCCUUUAGACUGUCAGAGACCGGAAUUACUCAACAAGAAGAUGAUAGAAGGGAAAAUUCUUCUUUGUGGGUAUUCUUUCAAUUUCGUUUCAGGUACUGCAUCCAUCAAGAAAGUCUCUGAGACAGCAAGAAUUCUCGGGGCAGCAGGGUUUGUUGUUGCUGUGGAGAAUACUUAUCCGGGAGCAAAAUUGGAUCCUGUUCCAGUUAGCACUCCUGGUAUUCUCAUCACAGAUCUCACCGAGUCACAGGAUCUUAUUGACUACUACAACUGUUCGACGAAAAGAGAUUGGGCUGGCAGACCAUUAAGUUUCCAAGGAACAGGUAGUAUAGCGGAUGGUAUGGCGCCAACACUUCAUAAUUCAGCUCCUCAAGUGGCUUUAUUCUCUUCACGAGGACCAGGUAUCAAGGAUUUUAGCUUUCAAGAUGCUGAUGUUCUUAAGCCAGAUAUAUUAGCUCCUGGCUCUCUCAUUUGGGCUGCUUGGGCACCAAACGGAACUGAUGAGGCAAAUUAUGUUGGUGAAGGAUUUGCAAUGAUGUCUGGGACUAGCAUGGCAGCCCCACACAUCGCCGGAAUUGCAGCAUUGAUAAAACAAAAGCACCCUAAAUGGAGUCCGGCUGCAAUCAAGUCAGCAUUGAUGACAACCAGCACAACAAUGGACAGGGCAGACAAGCCUAUUCAAGCACAACAAUAUUCAGGAUCUGAAAUAGUAACACUAGCGCCUGCAACACCAUUUGAUUAUGGAAGUGGUGCAGUUGAUCCAAAGGCUGCUUUAGAUCCUGGUCUCAUUUUCGAUGCGUCUUAUGGAGACUACAUUGGCUUCUUGUGUUCGGUGCCUGGUGUCAAUCCUCAGGAAAUUCGUAACAUCACAGGCUCAGGUUGUAAUGCCACUCAUGGCCGGCCGGCUGAUCUCAACAGCCCCUCAAUCACCAUCUCCCAUCUCAAAGGAACUCAAACGAUAAAAAGAACAGUAACAAACGUCGCUGAUACAGAGACGUAUGUGAUCACAUCCAGAAUGCCACCGGAGAUUGCCCUGGAAGCCAGUCCUCCAGCUAUGACAAUACUUGCUGGAGGAUCCCGGGACAUCUCAGUGAGCCUAACAGUUAGAUCAGUGACCGGUGGUUAUAGUUUCGGUGAGAUUCUAAUGAAAGGCAGCCUAGGACACAAGGUACGAAUCCCAGUCAUUGCCAUGGGCUAUUACAACUAAGUUUUGCUUUUCCUGUAUAACAUAUUACUAUUCUUUGUAACAUGAUAGAAUAAAAGUAAUGUACUUAGUUUAGUUUUGUGCAUCAUCCACUCGAUGUAAAUGUAGACGAAGUAUUUAAGGUUGCUUGUUGUACCAUCUUUUCUUUAUCUGAACAAGGAGAUCUUACUAAUGUAUUA